CAUCUCACACUGACACCAAGACAAGAGGCUAGCGGCCUACAAAAUACCGUCUGGGUGGCUGGUGUGAGUACGGAGGGUAUUGGGGGGGCUUAGCCCCCAAGGAAGAGGACCAGUCCUUCCCCAGCACCACCUCAGGCCUCAGGGUCUCCCUCUUCCCUCCAGAGACGGUGGACUGGUUUAGGGAAUCCCAAACGAUGACAGAAAAGGAGGUGCUGGAGUCCCCUAAGCCCUCCUUCCCAACAGAGACUCCGCAAAGUGGGCUACAGCGGCUGAAGCAGUUAUUCAGGAAGGGGUCUCCAGGGACAAAGGAGAUGGAGCUUCCCCCAGAGCCCCAGGUCAAUGGGGAGGCAGUAGGAGCUGGGGGUGGGCCCAUCUACUACAUCUAUGAGGAAGAGGAGGAAGAAGAAGAAGAGGAGGAGCCACCCCCAGAACCUCCUAAGCUUAUCAAUGACAAGCCCCACAAAUUCAAAGAUCACUUCUUCAAGAAGCCAAAGUUCUGUGAUGUCUGUGCCCGGAUGAUUGUGCUCAAUAACAAAUUUGGGCUCCGCUGUAAGAACUGCAAAACCAACAUCCAUGAACAUUGUCAAUCCUAUGUGGAGAUGCAGAGAUGCUUCGGCAAGAUCCCACCUGGUUUCCGUCGGGCCUAUAGCUCCCCACUCUACAGCAACCAGCAGUAUGCUUGUGUCAAAGAUCUCUCUGCUGCCAAUCGCAAUGAUCCUGUGUUUGAAACUCUGCGCACUGGGGUAAUCAUGGCAAACAAGGAACGGAAGAAGGGCCAGGCAGAUAAAAAAAAUCCUCUAGCAGCCAUGAUGGAGGAGGAGCCAGAGUCUGCCAGGCCAGAAGAAGGCAAACCCCAGGAUGGUAACCCUGAAGGGAACAAGAAGGCUGAGAAAACACCUGAUGACAAACACAAGCAGCCUGGCUUCCAGCAGUCUCAUUACUUUGUGGCUCUCUAUCGGUUCAAAGCCCUGGAAAAGGACGAUCUGGAUUUUCCGCCCGGAGAGAAGAUCACAGUCAUUGAUGACUCCAAUGAGGAGUGGUGGCGAGGGAAAAUCGGGGAGAAGGUUGGAUUUUUCCCUCCAAACUUCAUCAUUCGAGUUCGCGCUGGAGAACGCGUGCACCGUGUAACAAGAUCUUUCGUGGGGAACCGCGAGAUAGGGCAGAUCACUCUCAAGAAGGACCAGAUCGUGGUGCAGAAAGGAGACGAAGCCGGCGGCUACGUCAAGGUCUACACCGGUCGCAAGGUGGGGCUGUUUCCCACCGACUUCCUGGAGGAGAUUUAGGCGUGAGGGCGCCUGCAGUC